CACGCGUGCAAAAGGGCUCUGCGAGUUGCAAUUGACUUCCCCGUUCUUCCCCUUCCCCGCUAACCCGACUCAAUUUACUGACAGGCAUCCCACCACAGACCACCAGCUCCCCAGCAGAGUCUCUCAACGAGGAUAUCUCACUCGGCAACCGCUCACUCUCGCCGCACACCCGCUCCAACUCACAAACUCACUCACCGUCAAAAUGGAAGUCGACCUAACAGCCCAGGAUGACCCGGACCUCGACGACCUCCUCCUCUCCUCCUCCGACGACGAAGCAGCCUCCAACAAACGCAAACGGGAAGAACUCGACGACCCAGACGCUGACGAUUUGCUCGCGGAGGAAGACGAGGAUCUCCGCCUAGAUGACGCCGAGACGGAGGUGUGGCUGGUGAAGGUGCCCAAGUUCCUGGCGGAGAAGUGGACGGAGGUUGCGGAGAAGGGCGGUCCUGGGGAGACGGGGAAGCAGGAGGAAGUUGUGUUGGGGACGAUUGAUGUUCCAUCUGUCUUAAUAAGGAACUCCAUAAACCCCGCCGUCAACCGCGGCACCGUCACCCUCCCUACCACGCCCUGGAGCGACGACAUCCCAAACUCCUACACACUCUCCUACACCAACCUCGCCCCGCCCACAUCCUACAUCUUCACCGUUAACAAGCCCGCCGACCGGCCGAAGGAGCUGAUCGGCCGCGUCAACAGCGAGGCGUCCAUCGCGCCGAUUGUCAAUGACCGGUAUAAGCAGCUGAUGCAGGCGAGGGCGAAGGGGAUGAUGGAUAGGAAACGGCCGGUGCAGAGAUUGGAGAAGGACGGGCCUGCGUUCACAUUCUUGAAGCCGGGGAUGGCGGGGCAUGGGAAGAAGGAGGGUGUCAGUUUUGCGGUUUCGAAAAAACAAUCAUCGCAGACAGACAAAAAGUCUCGCCUCGAAAAGACAGACCUCAUCAACCUGCUCUUCACCGCCUUCGAAAAAUACGCACACUGGAAUUUCAAAGGCCUGCUCGAACGCACGCAUCAGCCUCAGGCAUGGCUCAAGGAGGUGUUGGGCGAGGUGGCAAUCCUCAACAAACGAGGGCCGUAUGUGGGGUUGUAUGAGCUCAGGCCGGAGUUCAAAGGGAUGAGUGCGGUGCCUGUAACGCAGCCCGCGGAGGGGAGCAAUGCGGGGGCGUCGACGGCAACUACGGCUGCACCGGGACAGGCGGCGGCGACGGGGGAGGAGGAGGAUCUGGAUGAGAUGGAUUAUGGGGAUGGGAUGGGGUUAGCGUCCGGGAUGGAGUUCGGGAAUGAUACCACGGGGACGGGGGGAGGGCCGAGUGGGAGUGGAGCGGGUGGGAAUGGGGAUGAUGAUUAUGAGAUCUUCUGAAGGAUGUGGUUUGGUUGCGAUGCGCGGGAUGUAGGCAACGUUGUCCAUACAUCCAGUACAUUCUUUCAAAAGCCAGCAGCGAC